CUCCUAGUGGACAUGGAAGUUGGAAAUUGCACCAUCCUGAAUGAAUUCAUCUUACUGGGCCUCUCAACAGACCCCCUGUGGAAACUGACCCUAUUUGGAAUAUUUGUGAUACUUUAUUUGAUCACCUUGUCAGGUAACAUGUCCUUAGUUAUCUUAAUCCAUAUUGAUUCUUGCCUGCACACACCUAUGUAUUUUUUCAUUGGCAGUCUGUCUUUCUUGGAUUUCUGGUACACCUCUGCGUACACCCCGAAAAUCCUGGUGACUUGUGUCUCAGAGGAUAAGCAUAUGUCAUUGGCUGGAUGUGGAGCCCGGUUUUUCUUUUCCUGUGCCGUAACCUACACUGAGUGCUAUCUCCUAGCAGCCAUGGCCUAUGACCGCCACAUGGCAAUCUGUAACCCGCUACUUUAUUCAAGUUCAAUGUCCCCUUCUCUCUGUACUAGGCUUGUUGCUGGCUCCUAUAUAGGAGGGUUCUUGAAUGCCAUAGCACAUACUGCCAACACUUUUCGUCUGAGUUUCUGUGGCAAAAAUAUCAUCGACCACUUCUUCUGUGAUGCACCGCCACUGGUGAAGAUGUCAUGUACAGACACCAAGGUCUAUGAGCAGGUCCUCCUGGGUCUCGUGGGUUUCACAGUCCUCUCGAGCAUUCUUGUCAUCAUCAUUUUCUAUUUCCGCAUCCUUCUCGCUAUCCUGAGGAUCCACACAGCUUCAGGAAGGUGCAAGGCUUGUGCCUCACACCUGGUCUCGGUCAUGCUAUUCUAUGGAUCCUUGCUUUUCACAUAUUCAAGGCUAAGUUCCACCUACUCCCUGGGGAAGGACAAAGUGGCAUCUCUGUUUUACACUGUGGUCAAUCCAUUGCUCAACCCUCUCAUCUAUAGCCUGAGAAACAAAGAUGUUAAAGCAGCCUUCUGGAAAGCAACGCAGACUAUAAGACCUCAAAGAUGA